UGCUGUGAGCCCACGUGGCACACAGAUUAUGAUCAGUCAAUCAGUUACAAAUACUCCUGAUGUCAAUUUGUUAUGUCUAUAAAACAAAUCUGUUUUUUCCAAUCCAACAUCUCCACCACCAUGGGCAAGACCAAAGAGAUGUCAAAGGAUGUCAGGAACAAGACUGGAGACCCUCACAAGGCUGGGAUCAAGACCAUCAGCAAAAAACACUUGAUGAGAAGGUGACCACUGUUGGUGCGAUUAUUCAGAAAUGGAAGAAAUAAAAACGGACCAUUAAUCACCUCAGUCUGGAGCUCCCUGCAAGAUCUUGUUUCACGAGUACGAGCCCAUCCUUAAGUUUGCCAAUGAACAGCUAAUUGAUUUAGAGAAGGUUUCAAGAGAGUGCUGUGGUCUGAUGAAAACUAAAUCUAGCUUUCUGACAUUGAUUCAACCCUCCAUGUUUGGAGGAAGAAAAAUGCAGAGUGACCAAAAAAAACUUCAUCCCCACAGUCCAAGCAUGGAGAUGGAAAAAUUAUGCUUUGGGGCUAUUUGUCUGCACAGGAAGACUCCACUGCACUGCACUCUCAUUGGUAGUGUCUUCGGUGGCUCCCCUGAGAUUUUAUGUCGUCCUGCCCACUUCACCAGCGGUUUUAUCAAUGGUGUCUGGUUGCCAGUUCAGCACUGGAAGCUAUUUGUGGCUCAGGGAGACAGAAAGAGAAUUGUAUUUGGCAAAUUUAAGUUACAAAGGGUGACACUUGAUAAACGUUCGCGGAAAAGACUGAAAUGACCAUAAAUGAAAGUAAAAAAAUACAGGUGACUGACAUACUACCUGCUAGUAAAUACAUUAAUGGGUCACCUAGGCAACCUGAGCUGUAGUCACUAGCUGGCAGCUUGAAAGCGACACAGCUUUACACCAAAACAUUUUCGGAAAUACGACGUUUCCAGCUUUCAGUUGUACUCAUCCUCAUCCUGUAUUCAUAUACAUACGAAAAUGUCUGUUCUGCAGGCACAGCAUCGACAAUGAGAACACGGUUGCCUGGGAUGGAGUCGCAUUUCCUGCUUGAACUAAGUUCCAGCUUUCCUUCCGUCUUUCCGUCUUUAGCUGUUGUUUUGGCGGAGGGAGUAAUGCGAGCCCGUGCUACCGCGUGCGCGUAACUAGGUACAUGAGCGGAGGGAGUAGAGAUGAGGAGGCAGCGGAUGCUAGGCAGAAAACCCGCUUUCGGAUUGGCUGAGAGACACUGGUACCCAGCUCAGUGAAGCUCGAGAAUUUCGCCUCAAACAACCGGAAGUUCCACCGGAAAUCGCAUUCUUACGUUGUAAUCCCGCAAACUGUAUUAAAAUAAUAUUUGGGAUAGAAUAGGUUUUCACACAAAGUAUUACGUCACAUUUCAUUAUAUCAGAUAAAUUGAGUUUCGAAAGUACUGACCAAAAACUUCGCGGUAUGCGGUUUUCUAACGGCAGGUUUUGGCCGCAUCCUGGCACGUGUGCGCGGUUGCUGCUAGCUUUACUUUGGUCCAGAGAAAGAGUGAAGGAUGUGACUGAAGCCUCUUUCGCAUGCCUCAUCGGCCCUGACUCACUACGCCGUUUGUGUACACUCCUACUGCACUUUGCCUACGAAAUGGAGCUCGAUGGAAAUUAGCAAGCGUGUACCUCUUCGAAUUCUCACCCUUACCUUUGGAGAAUGAUCCACCGGCAGGUUAUUUUAUCCCAGGUUUUGGUCUGCUUUGGGUUGACUGGUCAUUAUGCUGAUGCAGCUCUGUAGUUUCAAGAACUUGUACCAAAAUCGGUUCCUGGGCUUGGCGGCUAUGGCAUCCCCAACUCGCAGCAGCCAGACCCGCCAGCGCUGUAAGGAUGCGGUUCGGCACAGCUAUGGCCCUGAGUCCUUUGCUGUCAAUGGCCUGAACCAGGAUGCUUUUAUGUUGGGACUGUCACGCUCCACCAGCGACACUGAUCUGGUCUCUCCAGAUGCACGUUCCACUCUUACCAUCAGCUCUUCCCACUACACCAUAGGCCAGUCCGAAGACCUGGUGAUCACAUGGGACAUCAAGGAAGAAGUGGAUGCUGGAGACUGGAUUGGGAUGUAUUUAGUUGAUGAGACGUUAUCUGAGAACUUUCUGGACUACAAGAACCGAGGCAUCAAUGGAUCUCACAAAGGACAAAUAGUCUGGAAAAUUGAUUCUAGCUCUCACUUCAGUGAUCCUGAGACCCAGGUCUGCUUCAGGUACUACCAUGGUGUCACUGGGGCACUGAGGGCAACCACACCCAGUGUAAUCAUCAAGAAGGGCUCAGCGCCUGUACUGAAGCCAGUGGUCAGUCCUGAAGUCAACCAUGGAUUGGGCAACAGAAGACUUAUUAACUUUAACCUGUCAGACCUCCAGGCAGUGGGACUGAAAAAGGGGAUGUUCUUCAAUCCAGACCCAUACCUGAAGCUGUCCAUUCAGCCCGGAAAGCACAGCAUCUUCCCGUCUCUGCCACACCACGGCCAGGAGAAACGUUCCAGAGUGGUCUGCAACACUGUCAACCCUAAGUGGAGCACAGAGAGGUUUAACUUUGUGUCCCUACCCACUGAUGUCCUGGAGAUUGAGGUAAAGGAUAAGUUUGCCAAGAGCAGGCCAAUCAUCAAGCGUUUCCUGGGGAAGCUCUCAGUCCCCGUCCAGAGACUGCUGGAAAAACAUGCCAUUGGGGAUCGAGUAGUAAGUUAUUCCUUAGGCCGCAGGUUGCCUACAGAUCAUGUCUGUGGCCAGCUGCAGUUCCGCUUUGAGCUGACCUCCUCCAUUCACCCAGAUGAUGAGGAGGUUUCCUUAGUCAUAGAGGCGGCCUGUCCUGAGGGUGGACACGCAGCAGAUGUCAACCAUGCUGCUGAUGCUCCCGAUGAUGACACACUGAGUGUGGGCCCCGACAUGCCCGAUCUUCCCUUGGAUGCUCCUCCUGACCCUGAGACCUUACCUGAUGCAGCCUCCGCACCCAAAGAGGUACAGCCUGCUGAGAAGGAGCAGGCUGAGGCAACAUCACAGGAGGAGCAAGGAAGUGUGGAAGAGGAGACCACAGUGAGAGAAGAACCCUUGGCUCCUGAGCCUCAGGUGGAGCAGGCGGAGGGAGAAUCUGCUGAGCAGCAGCAGGAGGGAGGAGUGGAGGGGCAGCAGGAGAAAGGAGAGGUGGAGCAGGGAGAGGGGACUGCAGCACAAGCUGAGGAGGAGGUUACAGCAGAAGGAAAAGAAGCUGUGGAUGAAGCACAGUCAGAGCCACACUCUGACUGUGCCGUAGCAGAAAUGACUCACGAUGAGGCCACUGCUGUGGAGGCUCCCCCCGAGGAAAACACUGCAUCCCAGGAGGCUCCUGUAGACCCAGCUGAAGAGGCCCCACAGGAGGCUGGCGAGGGAGGGGAAAGAAGCUGUGCCCCCUGCUCCUGCCAGUCUCUCUUGUCGAACUACAACUCCAAUGCUCAUUCACGCCGUAAAACCCGCCCCUGCUCCCUCCCGGUGUCAGAGCUGGAGACGGUGAUUGCCUCGGCCUGUGGCGAGCCUGAGACGCCACGAUCCCACUACAUCCGGAUUCACCACCUCCUUCACAGCCUACCCUCAGCCCAGCACAGACCACCAAGCCAGGAGGAAGAGCAAAGCGGGGAAGGAGAGAAUACAGACAGCACUCUGGAGACAAAUGCCACAUCACCAACACUUAAAACCUCCAAAGAGCAGGAGGGGCAGGAGGAUGAUGAAGAAGAGGAUACAUCACAGUCACCCUCUCAGGUUCUGGGGUGUCCGGGCCCCUGCUGUCGGCGCUCCCUGCCCCGCAGCCUCUCCAUUGAGCGCCUCUCUGAGCUGAAUCAACUUCUGGAAGGUGAAGGGUUUGGAGGAGGCCACCCAGCAGUCAGGAGGAUCUCUCCCUCCUGUCCAGAAAGCGAGGAGGGGGAUUCCAGCAAUGGAGGAGGAAGGAGGGCUGGCGGCAGCGCCCACAGAGCUCCAGGUGAAAGCGAGUGCGAGUUUUGUGACACCUCCUGCUAUAGCACCUCGUGCUACAGCACCUCCUGUUACAGCACAUCAUGCUACAGCAACUCAGGCUAUGAGGGGAGGGGGCGCUUUUGCAGCCACACCCGCCUGUCUUCAGUGGAGAGUAACCGGCUCUCCAGCAGCACCGUGUUCUCCUCCCAAGAAGAGGAAGAUGAGGAGAGCGCCUUUGAGUCAGUACCUGAGGGCAAUCAUGGCCCUGACAGACAGGAGCAAGGCGGGGCAGAGAGGAGGACGGGGAGAUGGAAGGAGACCAGGAGCGGAGAGCAGGGGGAUCCAGCUGUGGCGGGGCCCAGUGAUCAGAACAGCAUCGGCUCAGGCUUCUCCCCUCCUGUUGGCUAUCUUCCAGUCCUGCGACCCAGCCAUGACCUAAACCAUUUUCCUGCUGCCACUGACCAAGCCUUACCUCCAAACUGGGAAGCUCGGAUUGACAGCCAUGGCAGAGUUUUCUACGUGGACCAUGUCAACCGGACCACAACCUGGCAGAGGCCGAGUCAAGCUACCAAAUGUAACCACGGCAUACCUCGCUCAGGGUCCACACAUCAGAUGGAGCAGCUCAACAGAAGGUACCAGAACAUACAGAGGACUAUGGCCACAGAAGAGAGUGGAGGGAGUCAGAGGACUGAGCGGAGCAGCAGUACUGAAACUGAUCCUGACUCCACUCAGACAGGCCCCGCCUCCCCUGUCAAUCAACAGAAGAUCAGCCAUCUCCUCCAGUCUCCUGCUGUCAAGUUCAUCACACACCCAGAAUUUUUUACUGUGUUGCACAGCAACUAUGCAGCGUACCGGAUGUUCACCAGCAGCAGCUGUGUAAAGCACAUGAUCCUGAAGGUGCGCCGUGAUGCCAGAAACUUUGAGCGCUACCAACAUAACAGGGACCUUGUGGUCUUCCUCAACAAGUUUGCAGAUAGUCAGCUGGAGCUGCCAAGGGGUUGGGAAAUCAAAACAGACCCCCAGGGCAAGUCUUUCUUUGUAGAUCACAACAGCCGAGCCACGACCUUCAUCGACCCUCGGAUACCUCUGCAGAAUGGCCGGCUGCCUGGCCACCUCGCCCACAAACAGCACCUGCAGAGACUACGCAGCUACAGCGCUGGGGAGGCCUCUGAUGUGUCCAGGAGUCGAGGGGCUUCUCUGAUGGGCAGACCAGGAAACAGCUUGGUAGCUGCUAUACGAAGUCAGCAUUAUGCUGACUCACAGCAGCUGAGUGCUCCAUCUUACAAUGACAAGAUAGUGGCAUUUCUUCGACAGCCAAACAUAUUUGACUUGUUACAGGAGCGACAGCCCAGCCUGACUAGGAACCAUGCACUGAGGGAGAAGAUCCACUACGUCAGGACUGAAGGAAAUCAGGGAGUGGAGAAGCUGUCGUGUGAUGCUGACCUGGUCAUCCUGUUAAGUUUAUUUGAAGAGGAAAUCAUGUCUUGUGUUCCAACUCACCCCAUCCAUCACAACCUCAGCUUCUCUCCUCGCUGUUCCCCCGCCUCGUCGCCACAGAACUCUCCCGGCUUGCAGAGGGCCAGGGCUCCAGCUCCUUACCGCAGAGACUUUGAAGCCAAACUGCGAAACUUCUACAGGAAAUUAGAAGCCAAAGGAUACGCCCAGGGGCCAGGAAAGAUCAAGUUGCUCAUCAGGAGAGAACAUCUACUGGAAGGAACCUUCAACCAAGUGAUGGCAUAUUCACGCAAAGAGCUGCAGAGGAAUAAACUCUAUGUCACGUUCCUUGGGGAGGAGGGGUUAGAUUACAGCGGUCCUUCCAGAGAGUUCUUCUUCCUCUUGUCUCAGGAGCUAUUCAAUCCAUACUACGGACUGUUUGAAUACUCAGCCAAUGACACCUACACCGUGCAGAUCAGCCCCAUGUCAGCGUUUGUUGAGAACCAUCUGGAAUGGUUCCGUUUCAGUGGUCGCAUUCUGGGCCUGGCUCUGAUCCAUCAGUAUCUGCUGGACGCUUUCUUUACCAGACCCUUCUACAAGGCCCUGCUCAGACUGGCGACGGACCUGUCUGAUCUGGAGUAUCUGGAUGAGGAGUUUCAUCAGUCUCUACAGUGGAUGAAAGACAACGACAUCACCGACAUCCUCGACCUAACCUUCACUGUCAACGAGGAGGUGUUUGGCCAGGUAACGGAGCGUGAGCUAAAGUCCGGUGGCGCCAACCUCCAAGUAACCGAGAAGAACAAGAAGGAUUAUAUAGAGCGAAUGGCCAAGUGGAGGGUGGAGAGAGGAGUGGUGCAACAGACGGAGGCGCUGGUCAGAGGCUUCUACGAGGUGGUGGACUCCAGGCUCGUGUCGGUAUUCGAUGCGCGGGAGCUGGAGCUGGUCAUUGCUGGGACAGUGGAGAUUGACCUCGGUGACUGGAGAAACAACACCGAGUAUAGAGGAGGUUACCAUGACGGCCACAUAGUGAUGCGCUGGUUUUGGGCUGCAGUGGAGCGCUUCAACAAUGAGCAACGCCUCCGUCUGCUGCAGUUCGUCACAGGGACAUCCAGCGUUCCCUACGAAGGCUUUGCUGCCUUGCGAGGUUCGAAUGGCCUCCGGCGCUUCUGCAUUGAGAAGUGGGGCAAAGUGACAUCGCUACCCAGGGCUCACACCUGCUUUAACCGCCUCGACCUGCCUCCCUACCCUUCAUACACCAUGCUGUAUGAGAAACUGCUCAUCGCUGUGGAAGAAACCAGCACAUUUGGUCUGGAGUGAGACGGACAAAUCAAACACUGCACGCCUCUGUGUCCAACACUGGCUGCGCCAAAAUGUGAAAGGAGCGCAGCCUAACCUUAAAGAUCCCGGAAUUGUACUGGAAAUAUUUCUGAUCAUUUUGGAUAUACAGUAUGUUUGUCACUGUUAUGGUUCUGUGCGUCAGAGUCUGUCACUUAGCUAUGAGGAUCUUUACGAUUGCACGCAACACUCACGGCGUCACAGCACUUAUUUUUCUAUAAAUCAUUAGAAAAUAAGAAACAAUUACAAAGGCUUUUUUAUAAUUAAUAUUGAUUAGUUUAUGUGUACCUGAAGAAUGAGUAUGUCAAAUCGAAUCAAGACCUUUUGUUGCAUGUACCACAAUUCAUCCGACAAUGAAAAUGCUUUGGCUAAUAGAAGCAAAAGCAAAGUAUUUAUACUCAGUACAGCAACAAGUGAAAAGUAAUGUACACAAAUAAGAACAAUAUUAGUAAGACAAUAACACUGAAAACAGUAAUUUUCCAUAUGACAACAACAGUAAUGUGCUUGGGGACAUGCUGGAAUUUAUCUUUAAUAGACAGAAAAUAUUAAAAUAAUUUAAUAACCAUCAAAACCUAGUUUAGAAAGAAAAUCGGAAAGAGAAAUGAAAGUAAUGGGUUAAAACCAUUAAUAGAAUUAAAUACUAUUAGUUACUCUAAAAAAUGUUACAGUCAUUGCAAACUUUGAUUCAGAAAUCUUUUUUUUAAAUCAAAAGAUGUAUGCAAAGAUUGUUACACAAAUCCUCAGGUGGUUUCCUGCUGUAGACUGUAGAAUGUCUAAUGCAAGUUUAAAUUAAAAAGAAAAAAAAACCUCAAUCAGUUUAAUACAAAGUUUAGUAGCCCUGAAGCCAAAGGAACAAUUGUCUGGGUUUUUUGUUGUUGUUGUUUUUUUUAAAGUGGAGAUACUACAAAUACCAAUAUGUAUCUGUCUGGACUGCAGCAGCCCAAAAGGAACUUGCCUGAGGACUUAAGAACAGAACUGCAACACAAUGGAAAAUAAGAAAUUAAGGCAAAUAUAUGAAGAGCUGCAGACAAUUAAGAGAGAAAGACUGACUAUCACUGAACUCAAAAAACUCCCAACAGGUAAAGAAAACUGCACUGAAGACAAGGUGAAUAACACAUGCUCAGAAACUACUGAACAUCUGGAAAUGAAAUGAUACAUUAAUGUCAAUAAUGGGCAAGCCACAAAGCAGUGAAGUUUCUGUUUCAAGCAAUGUGACGUGUAGUCUGGUACACUGGAAAUGAGGAAAUAUACAUUCACAGCAUCCAGGUAAAGGUUGUACUCACAUAAAAAGACAGGGCCCUCUCUGCAAUUAAAGACUCCGCAGUACUAA